UGAUGCUGCCUGUUGUUCAGAAAAUGGAGAAUGGGGUGAAUGAACUGGAAAAUGAUGAAUUCGAGAAACUUCUUGGUGAGAUUCCAAAUGUUACUUCUGGGAAUUCAUAUUCUGAGGAAUCUGGUGUCAUCAAUUGUCCAAAAGAUUUUAAUUUGACAUCCUCGAAUGGGGAUGGGUCAAAGCCUAUUGGUGUUACUGAGACAUAUAUAAGCAAUGAGAUCUUAGGCAAGUUAAAAGAAUUUGGUAACCGAGUUGAGCAGCUACCUAACAAGAGGUAUGAGUCUGAAGAAAUAAACUUACCAAAUGAACAGGCUAUAGCGUCUGCAUUUGCUGAGUUGCGUGUAAAAGAUGGUGCCUUCUUAGAAUCUGCAGCUCCUAUGGCUAAUUCUACGCCGUUGCUGAACCAUUUAGCUGUUGUGAAUGGACAACGCAAAAAUAGCUUAGGUAAAAUCCCUUCGAAUUUGGAUUCGCAAGUGUUAGUUGUUCCCUCAACAAGAACACCAAAUAAUCUAUCCAAUGCUUUUAAUGGGUUUAGUCCAAGUAUUGGUGGGCACCAAAGUGGAUAUGUACAUACAAUGGAAAACAUAUCUGCAGCUGUACCAUUACCUCCUGGAGUGCCAGGUGUUCACCUACUUCCACCAAUUCAUCGGGUAGAUAUUCCAGUAAUUUCCAAUCAACAACAUUAUUUCUUGGAUGUUACAUCACCUGUUCCUUACUUCCACUCACAAAUUAAUCGACACCAUGGAGCAUGUAGACACAUUGAAGAGGAACAACAUUAUUUCUUAUAUAUGCAGCAACUUCGUGCUCAGCAAUUAGGUAAUCAGUAUCCAAUUCAACCUGAUGGGUCAAUCACAAGUAGAUCAAUCAAUAGUAGCUCGCGUCAACCAUUCAGUGAGAUGCCGAUUCCUCACUUCAACCAGCAAGUUUCAAGAAGUAUAAACCCGUUAAAUUCCCUGUUUUGCUCAAUGGGUUCUGAUGUGCUGCAAGGUUUAGACAAAACAGAUAAACAAUACUUUCCUGAAAGAAUGUUAAGAAGAUCACAUGGACCGGAGCCAGUUAAGUCUGCUAAAUUCGGUUCGUUUGGAGGAACCAACUAUCUUUCAAAUAUGAAUCAAAAUAGAAGAGUUUUUCCCAACGCUUAUUCGAAGCGUAGUUUCCAUUCUCCAAGUGCAGAAUCUCGCUUGGAUUGUCUAGAAUCAAGAAGCUUUUCUCCUGAUGCUGUUGAUCUCAAAUUUCAUCGGUGGUCACAGUCUCAGGAGUAUAAUUUAAUUGAUGAUUUUGCUGGAAGAAUCUAUCUCAUGGCGAAGGAUCAAAAUGGAUGUCGCUUCUUGCAGAGGAAAUUUGCUGAAGGAUCUUCAGAAGAUGUUGAAAAGAUUUUUCCUGAGAUUAUUGUGCACAUUGUGGAGCUCAUGAUUGACCCCUUUGGCAAUUACCUUGUUCAGAAGCUUCUUGAGGUGUGCAAUGAAGGUCAGAGAAUGCAGAUACUUCGUGCAAUCACUAGAAUAGCUGGGGAUCUUGUAAGAAUUUCAUGUGACAUGCACGGGACCCGAGCUGUGCAAAAAGUUAUUGAAACUCUUAAAACACCUGAGCAGUUUUCCAUGAUUGUCUCCUCAUUGAAACCCGGUUUAGUGAAUUUAAUCAAGGACAUGAAUGGUAACCAUGUUGCGCAGCGGUGCUUGCAAUACUUAACACCUGAGUAUAGAGAAUUCCUGUUUGAAGCUGCUAUUACCAAUUGUGUCGAACUUGCUACAGAUCGUCAUGGUUGCUGUGUGCUACAGAAAUGUCUUAGCCAAUCUGACGGUGGACAAAGACACCGAUUAAUCUAUGAGAUCACUUCAAAUGCAUUGGUACUUUCCCAAGAUCCAUUUGGGAAUUAUGUUGUGCAAUAUAUUUUUGACAUUCGUCUUCCCUGGGCAACAACAAAUAUCUUUGACCAGCUGCGGGGUAAAUUCGGGGACCUUUCUAUGCAAAAAUACAGCAGUAAUGUGGUAGAGAAAUGUCUUAAGCAUGUGGAUGAAGAACGUUCUUCAUAUAUCAUUGAGGAGCUGUUAAGUGAUCCUCGACUAGACCAGAUCAUGCAAGACCCAUAUGGCAAUUAUGUUAUCCAAGCUGCUCUAAAUAUCUCAAAGGGAGCCUUGCAUGCUGCACUCGUGGAGGCUGUGAGAGCCCAUGUUCCUGUUCUACGGACCAAUCCUUAUGGAAAGAAGGUCCUCUCAUGCAAUAGUCUUAAAAAAUAAGUUUCAGACAGAUAGUGUAAUUUAUGUGGAGUAAUAAGCAGGCGAAGAGUUGCCUUAAAGUUGUUUCCAUAGGUUGGGCAACCAAGUUUUGAAGCUCGGAAAGAGAUGGUAUUCAUGUAGAUCGAUGCUUUUGAGUACAUGUUACCAUCUUUUUAGAAAAUUUCUUCCAUAAUUUUCUUUGAAG